AUGUGUAGCAAUGUUAGAGAUCAAAAUACGCGCGUUCGCCUCGCGGGAACAACCGGAACAACGCGCGCCGCGCACACCGAGUCGGUCGGUGUCAUCGGUGUCGUCCUGUGGUCUGGUUUUGUUGAUUCUCUCGAACAUGAUCACUGGGCACGUUCUAUAAAUAUGACGACCGAUGACAUCAAAGCUGUGACAUCGUGCGUGGAGACCCUGAUUUCAAAAGAAGCACUGCUACCCAACUGGCCGGAGCAGCUGGGUAAUCCCUUCGAUUUGCUUCUGCUUCAUAAGCUGAGACGCUUCCACGAGAAGAUCUCGUCUGAUCAAUGUCUACAGAAGAUAGUGGCAAAGCGUGCUCCCCACCUGCUUGAGCCGGUGACCGAGAGCCCCCACGUGCAGCUCCUUUUCCUCGAUCAUUGCAUUUCCCUGUUGGUUCUGCUCAAGGCCCUCCUGGACGAAGCAAGCACGAGGUGUGCGUCCACUUCGGCGCAAGGUGUGCCUCCUCUUCCGCCUAGCUCCCUCGGCGUCUUGCAGCAGAAGACGGUGCAAGGGCUGCUUCAGUUCGUGGUGGCCCUUGGCAUCUAUCCCAACCUCCUGCCUGGAGUAGGGGUUCCCCUGGGAAAAAGGACUGAGCAAGAUGCGCUCCCCUGCGUGGCGUCGCCCGUCCCCUCGAGGAGACACAGAGGCCUCGUCGUCUCCGUGAGGACUCUGCUGGCGUGUGCCGAGAAUGCCGCCCUGAGGAACUUAAUUUAUCACAGGCACCUUGUGGACCUUUUGGCCGCUUUGUUGCAACUGUGCUACGCUCCCGUACGCAAGAUUCCAGGCUUUGACAAUGGAGGUGAACAUGACUCUGAUAUGUCCAACCAUCCAUCGAUUUCUUCCCAGCUGGAUUUGUCCUUGAAGAAGUUUAGAGAUCAACAACAGGUCGAGGACCAAGCUCUAAUUGCAGAAAUGUUGUCUGACAGGAAGCUAUUUUUGGCAGACCUGCAAUUCCUGUUGGAGAAUGCUUACCAACCUCUUGUUGUCAGAGAAGUGCUCCUGAUACUUUCCCGCUCCUCCCUGCAGAGAAACGAAGUGGGAAGCAAUCCUGAGAGGGCUCCAAGGUGGCUAAAAAGUGUGUGCGGCCAGCUACUGACGCAGUGCUUGCUGCGGAAGGAAGGACUUUCUCGGGUCCUGUGCGGUGUCUUUGAUGCAUGCUCUGUGGACAGCUCUGGCAACAUCGUAUCCGAGAAAGACUGGGAAAAAUAUGACGCAUUUGCAACAAUUGUCGCAAGGAUCCCUGGCAGUGGAAAAAUUUCUCCAGAAGGUUACUAUGAAAAACUCGCACCACAGGUGGCAGAGCUUCUCAGUGGCUCCAGCACGGACAAGGUGACAUUUCGGGUAGCAUGCGGCAUUACAGGUGCCAUGCUUGAGGCCCGACCGUGCCUCACGUCUCGGCUGCUGCUCAGGAAACUCUUUCAACCGCUCCUCAACUGCAUGCUUCAAGAUGGUCCAUUGCUCGACCAGACUGAAGUCAUUGCCACUGAAAACGAGAUUGGGAGCUGCGUGGAGUUGGUUCAUAAGAUUGUUUGCAACAUUGACCCUGGCCACAUAUUACUUGACGCAUUGGUUCCCAUUUUUCCAAUCCUUUUUGAAAUUGCCGUUUUUACGGAAAAUACCAUUUCCUAUCUACGGUCUUUAUCUGAGGAAACUCUGAGUGUUGUGUACCACUCCCAGCCUGCAGACUGUGCAACAUCGCUUCUGCACUGGUGCCUUUUUGGCACAGAAGGACAGCCGUCUUUCGGUAAAGUGCGACCAGACGUUUGCAUAGCUCUCGGCAGUUCUGGAGGCGUUCAAGCCCUUCGUAGAUCGUCACUCAUGGGAGACGAAGAAUGGGCCGCACGCACGGACCAGAUGGGCCUUGUCAUUGCAGCUAUUUUCGAGCAGGGUGCCUCAAAGGAUUCAGCAGUGACAUUCUUCUUGUCCUUGCUAAAGAAAUUAACUGCCACUGUGGCAAAACUUUCAUCAGACGAAAGGGGCGAUGCAAACAUCUCUCCCACACUUCAAAGUGAACUGAAUUCCCAGGAGCUGAGACAAAACCUCGUUUUGCUGCACCUUGUUGGGAACUUAGCUCAAGACAUCUCAGAAAGGCUCCUGGAAAAUGCACCUUCACUUCUUCAGUUUGUUGUGGAGACCCUGAACAGGGUUAUAAUUCUGAAAGCUGGGCAGGAGGCUACAGUGGUGUCAGAGACGACGUUCUUUUGCCUGACACUGUUGGGUCUGCUUAUUCCCAAUGAGGAGCUGCGAACAGAGCGUCACCGAAAGCUACUGCAGGAAUGUGUGCCCAUCUUGGGCACUUUGGGAGCCAGCCACAGCUCUGUCGAGAUGCGGAACUUGGCCCAGCAGUUGCAGGUGGCCAUAGCCACGCAGGGCGUGGCCGGACUUCCCGCAGAUAAGAGAGGCCAGCGUCCACAGUGCUCAUCCGGCUCCAGCUCUGUUAACAGCAGCACAGAUGCUCGGGCUGACCUCGCACUCGGAGAAAAGUAUGCAGCUGGCUAUGGCAUCCAAACCACGACAGCCAAGGUCAGUCGUCAGGAGCGCGCAAGCCCCACCUUGGCAAACCAGGCACCGCAGAGUACCACGAUUGUGGAAGAGGAAGCACGUCAGCGAGCACCAGGGGGCCCUGGGAGCUCCGCAUUUGAGCAGGUGUGGCGCGAGCUGCACGAUGGGAUGGUCCCGAUCAGGGGGCACGCAUUUAUUGGGCUGCGUCGUCUGCUCGAAGAAGGGGAUGCAGAGACGCUGGGGCACGCGGACGAGGUGCUGGAGGCGUGCCAGGCAGGCAUCCAGGAGGAAGACUCGUAUGUUUACCUGAGUGCCAUCCACGCUCUUGCGGCGCUGGUGGAAAGGGACCUCGACAGACACCUGCCCUGGCUGGCCGAACAGGUGGCACUGGAGCACUUGUCCGUCGAAGCAAGGCUCAAUCUCGGGGAGGUGUUCCUUCGAGUGUGCAAGCAGUUGGGUGACAUUGCUCCCAAAUACAGGGAUCUCCUAGUGAAUUGCUUCCUGGGUGCAGCAAAGCACUCUGACCCUGUUGUCAGAUCCUCAGCAGUGUCCAACCUUGGAGAACUUUGUGGGAAACUCGGUUACUCCUUUGGAACCAUUAUGCAAGAGAUUCUGGCAUGCUUGCGGGGCUUGAUCAGGGACCCAGUGAACCAUGUGGGCCGUGCGUCAGUUCUCGCCCUCUCCUGCAUCCUAAAAGGAAUGGGGCCAAAGCUUUUCCAAGUCAUGCCACACGAGGUCAGAGACCUUUAUAGAGAUUUGAAGCACAUCUACCAAACGACAUCAGAUGACGUCAUUAGACUUCAAGCGCAACAAGCCAUUGAUGAGCUGAGUGCUUCGACACGAGAGUUCUUGAAAGCCCAGCCACAACUGGAAAAACAAAUUAAAAUCCUCGACUUGCCUGGACAAUAAAAGGUUCACAAACAAA